AUGGAAUGUCAGGUCCAUGUAUGUGAAGAAGACCAGAAGAGGAAAUUAAAUCUUGGAGAUUUUAGCGCCAAAGUUGGCAAAGGGAAAAGCGAGGAUGUCGUUGGCGACUAUGGAACAGGCGAAAGAAACGAAAGAGGCGACACCUUAAUCCAAUUCUGUCAGGAGGAGAACUUCUUUAUCUGCAAUACGUGGUUUGAACUACCUGCAAGGCGGCUCUAUACGUGGAAAUCGCCACAAGAUUCAAAGCAAAAUCCAAUACGUAACCAAAUUGAUUAUAUAUUAGCUCCAAAGCGAUACAGAAAUGGAGUACUUAGUGCAAAGACUUACCCAGGAGCGGAUGUUGGGUCAGAUCAUAAUCCCGUUGUGGCACGAAUCCGAAUGAGGCUCAAAAAAUUUGUUCGGAAGUUCACUAAAAAACCCAACAUGAGUUUACUGAGAAGUGAGGCACAACAACAAGACGUAUCCAACAAACUCAACGAGCAACUAGGAAAGAUCCAACAGCCAAAUGCCUCUCAAACCCCUGGACUGGAAGACCACAAUAACAUAGAGAACAUCUGGAAGAAAAUUAAAGAAGCGCUGCAGGAAACACAAGAACAACUAACAACAAAUAAUAACGAGAAGCACAAUAAAGCGUGGAUGACUCAAGAAAUUUUAGUCCUCAUGGAAAAGCGGCGAAGUUUUAAAGGCACAGACCCUCAGAGAUAUAGAGACACUCACAGGCUUAUCAGAAAUAAAAUCAAAGAAGCCAAAGAACUGUGGAUGACGGAGAGGUGCCGCGAAGUCGAGGAGCUCCACCAAAAACAUGACUUGUUUAACCUACAUAAAAAAGUCAAAGAAGUCACUGGGAAACACAAACCUCGAACAUGUACCAGAAUCGUGGACGGUGAGAAUAAACCAAUCCUAACCGAACAAAAACUAGAGGAGGUAUGGACCAAUUACAUAAGGGAACUGUUCGAUGGCGGUGGCCCCUCUUUUCACUCCCAAAUAGAAACUGAAAAUGGUCCAGAUAUAAUGAUCUCAGAAAUCGAGAGAGCUUUAAAGAACACCAAAAACCGGAAAGCACCUGGACCGGACAACAUCUACCCAGAAUUGAUAAAACUAAUAAACGGAGACAAUUUAAAGUUAUUGAAGUGCAGAGAUCAACGAAAGGAGGUACACCUAUGCUUCAUAGACUACACGAAGGCAUUCGACUGCGUCAACCACAGGGAAUUGCUGAGCAUCCUUGAAAGAAGAGGCCUGGAUACCCAAGACCUGAAAAUUAUCCAAAAGCUAUACGAACAACAAGUAGCGACAGUAAAACUACAGGAUACUGAAACAACAGCAAUACCUAUCAAGCGUGGAGUUAGGCAAGGAUUGAGCCCUAUGCUCUUCAAUAUGUACUCCGAACUAAUAUUUCGAAAUGCGCUUGAGGGAUCAGAAGACGGCAUAAAAGUGAAUGGCAGGCUGAUUAACAACAUGAGAUAUGCUGAUGAUACCGUCGUUAUUGCAGACACCACUGAGGGCCUGCAAAGACUUCUUGAUAGACUGUUUUCGGUGGGCGACUCAAUGGGUCUUAGGAUAAAUCUUAGGAUAAAUACAAACAAAACAAAAGUCAUGGUGAUAAAUAGAGAUAGAACAAGGACCGAGGACUCCUCGACAUAA